AUGAUGCCUGCGAAGCGCCCGCCGCCCUCGGGGGCCACGCCCGGCAGCACCCCCAAGCACCCCAAGACCGAGCACCAGAGCGCCGACGACUUCAGCAGCAGCGUCAAGAAGAAACUGUCCGCCUCGACCCGCACCGGCCAGGCAUGCGACCGCUGCAAGGUCCGCAAGAUCCGCUGCGACGGCCGCCCCGGCGGCUGCUCGCCCUGCGUGCAGAACAACACCGAGUGCAAGACCACCGACCGCAUCACCGGCCGCGCCACCACCCGCGGCCACACCGAGCAGCUUGAGUACGAGAACAACCAGCUCAAGGGCGCCGUCUACGCCCUGCAGCAGCAGCUCAAGGAGAUUGGCGUCGAGCCGCGCGUGCCCGCCGACUCGCAGCCCCCCGCCUCCUUCACCCCCAGCCCGCUCCCUACCCAGAGCUCGUCGUGGCCGAACGGCCUCGCAAACGACAGCCAGACAUGGGGCUCCACGCCCCCGGCCCCCUCGGCCGCCUCCUUCCCCGGCGCCGGCUACCCGCACAUGGCCGACUCGAACGGCUCCAUCCGCGACGGCGAGGCCGCUCACUUCCGCGGGCCCAAUCUGCCCACCUUCCGCGCUGGCCUCCACGGCGACAACUACCUGGGCGUGUCGUCGGCGAACUCGGUCCUCAGCCCCAUCAAGGGCACCUCGUUAUCUUUCUUCGGCAUGGAAAUCGACCUGAACGACUUCGUCCCCGACGACGUCGAGGAUCUGAGCAACCCCGUGUCCUACCAACACUUCCUCGCCGUCGCCCUGAACGCCCCCGGCUGCCCGAGGCCGAAGAAGGAGGAGCUCCCCGCGAGCUACAGCGAGUGCGCCACGUACGCCACGUGGUACUUCCGCGGCUUGCAUCCCUACGCCCCUGUCCUGUACAAGCCGCAUUUCAUGGAUCUGUUGUCCCGCGUUUACAGCGAUCCCGGCUAUCAAAUGACGCCCGCCGAGGAAGUCCAGGUCCAGAUGGUCCUGGCUUUCAUCAAAUACCAGUUUUCUGCUCGCAACGGCAACGCAGAGUCGUUGAAGCAGGCACACGCUCACUACCGCUACGCGCUAAGCUUUUUCUAUACCCUGGUUAACAGCCACACCAUUGCCGACGUUCAGGCUCUGGUGAUGAUUUGUGCUCAUCUUCGUAAUUUCCCUAAGCCUAGCGCCACUUGGCUUAUGUCGUCUAUGACUUUCAUGAUUUCCGUUGAGUUGGGCUUGCACAGGUCCGCAAAAGCCUGGUCCGACCUGGGGCCGAAGAGGGAUCCGGUUGAGAUUGAGACGCGGAAGCGCGUCUUCUGGGUCCUCCACGGAUUGUACGUUGCGCUCUGUGGAAGGUUGGGCAGGCCCAUGCCUCUGCGUAUGGAAGACAUCGAUGUCGAGUUCCCGGAGCCCAUCCACGACUACCUCCCGUCGGAGACCAACCUGAGCGAGUUCCGCAAGUGCUCCUUCCACGUCGGCCUUCAGGUCAUCCGAAUCACGACGAUCCAUUCCGAGAUGUACAGCACUAUCCACGCAGUAAGACAAAACCCCGAGUUCUACAACACGCACCUUCGCAGGCUGGAGGACGAGCACCGCAAAUGGAGAGAGCAAAUACCCAUGGAGCUGAGGGAAGGGUCACGGGCCGACUCGGAGGAUUACAUCUUCUCGCUCUACGUCCAGUUCUGGGAUCACGAGCUGAACCUGAUGCUCCAUCACCCGGCCAUGUGUCGCUCGAGAGACUCGGACCUCAUGAACUCGAACAUGACCAUCUGCCUCCAGGCUACGUCGAAAAUGGUGCGCUGUCUUGAUGAGCUGAGGAAAUACAAGUGUCUGGACGCUCCCUGGGUCAACUGUACCGCUUACUUGGCGGCCAUGCUGACUACGCUCUUUGUGUACUCGCAUCGCAAGGACGAGAUCACUUCGUCGGAGAUGGCCAAGCUCAAGAGCGAAAUGGACAUGUGGUGCAUGAUCAUGGACGAGUGUGGCACGAUUCUUGGAUCCGGAAAGCGGCUCGAGAAAGCGUGUCGAUCGAUUAUCGAUCAUACGCUCUCGAACAUCAACCACCAUCUCGCCAAGAAGACGGCAUCUGCCGCUUCGGCGGUGGCAGCAAACGUGCUGAAGACGGAACCGGAUGUCUCUCCACGCCAGGAGCCUACUGCCACGACGCCGUAUCCCAAUGCCAACACGUACGCGACUGCAUACAGCCAUACAGUCAACGGGCACGCCAACGUUCACAAGCCUUCGACUGGCGGAUACCUGCCUCCGGAUGAUCACUCGGUGCCUCAGGCGUCGAACCACUAUCCGACGGUGCAGACGCAGUAUUCGUAUCCGGACAGGAGUCAGACAGGAAUGGCGUCGUACCAGAACGGCACGUCUGGCUAUGAUCAAACGCAGUACAGCGUUCCCGGAUCGGACAUGAAUGCAGUUCAUGCAGCAGCAGCGUCGGCGGCGACUCAGGACUCCAACGCAGCCUUCACGUACCCACCGGGAAGCCACGGGUCAUUUGGCCAAUCGCAGAACCAAAGCGACGCAUGGCGGCAAUGGAUGAUGAGCAACGUUGGACCGCAAGACUACCACCAUGCGUCGACGCUAAUGGCAUUGGGUCACACGAACGGGCGUGACAGUGCCGUGUCAACCGGACCGGAGGACAAUCAAGGGAUUGCUGCAGACAUGCAUGCCAUAGCAGUCAACGGGCUGCACUCGCCACAUCCUGCGGUGAGCGCGGCAGCAGUCGCACAGGCGGCGCAUUCGCAGGCGCAGCUGUGGCCGCUGAUGCUCUUCGACAUUGGUCAGCAGGGUGGACCAAACGUAACGCAAUGA